AUGUACCAAACCGAGCAAGUCUACUCCACUACUUCUAAUCUCUAUGAAGUUCUUGGUAUCUCUAAAACUGCUAGUAAUACUGAGAUCAGACGGGCCUAUAAAAGACUUGCCUGGAAAUGUCAUCCAGAUAAGCGUUCUGGCAGUGCCACCGAGUUUGAAGCAGCUAAUAAGGCCUAUACAGUCCUCAUAGAUAGAAAGAACCGAAUCUUGUACAAUCUGUUUGGUGAUGCUAUUUUACCCGUCUUACUAGAAGGCCAGUACCGUAAACUGGUUGAACGCUUAACUUCUCCCCAACUAACUACUCUUCUCCUGCUAUUUAUUCCACUCUUCCUCCUAGGCACUCUAUUCUAUCCUUACGUCUCUUUCUUGGCUAAACUUAACUAUAUAACGUACAGUGCAACUUUAGUGCCACUAGGCCUAGCUCUACUCCUAGGAGGUCUUGGAGUGUGUAUGUUCUUAUCUCUAAUGAUGCAAAGUCGGAUCUUCUGGGCAGUACGCGGUCUGGAAGGCACUGCUUUAUUUGGACUGGCUUUAGGAGUAACUAUCUACUUAGACGGACUUAUUAGCCGGAUCGCACUGAGUUGUAUUGGGUUAGGAUGCUGGCAUAUAUAUACAAUGGGUCGAGUGGCCGAACAAACUGCUAAAGUAGAAGAAGCAGGUAUUCUGGUGAUUUUUGGGUAUGCUUUAAUACAUACUGUCUGUUCACCUAACUACUUAAUUGACACGGGCUUUAUGAUCUUACAAAUAGGUCUAUUUGGUCUAGAUAGUAGUGAUUUAGUACUUAUUGGCCGAGCAGUUGUACCUCUUAUGUAUAUUGGAGUGGCUCUGUAUAGAAACCGGCUAACUUCAUCUACUUGUAUCUUGAUUAGUUUCGUUUGGUUUUUGAUCUUAAUACCUAUGCUUCUUCUUCACAAAGUAGUCCUUGGUACAGUCGCUAAAUCCAUAUCUGUCUUGUUUCUACUCAUCAAACUAAGUCUAGUGAUUCUAUGCAUUAUUACGAUCAGGCACAAGUUCCACAUCUCCUACGCCGGCGAAUUCCCCGCCCUUAAAUAA